AUGAGAAGCCCACAACCUCAGCGCGGAUGGAGCUAUAAAGGAGCCGAGACCACAGCCGGCCUGCGGGCGCCAAACUCUGGUAACGUCCGCAUGGACGAGAAGGAGAACUUCGAUGUCGGUCCGUCCGAUGACACUGUAUAUUCUAAUAGAUGGUCGAACGACAGCCUUCCUGGAUUCCAAGCUUUCACAGAGAGGUUCUACGGGCAAUGUCAGAGUCUGUGUCUUGACGUUAUGUCUGCAUGCGAAAUUGGAUGCCGAGUGCCCGAAGGCACCACGCGUCGUGGCUGGCCCCACACUGAUUUUGGCAUCAUCACGUUGCUCUUCCGAGAUACCCAAGGGGGUCUGGAAUAUGAAGACUGCGAGCAUCCCGGGACAUUCAUUCCCAUAGUGCGGGAGAGGCUUGAUGAGAUAGCAAUCAAUGUGAGCGACACCUUCCAAAGAUUAACGAAUGACUUUAUCAAGGCUGGUGUGCAUCAGGUGUUCCUGCCCAAACACCUUCCCUCUCAAGCGCAACUCCCUGGGGAAUAUGUCCUUCCCGAGCGACAUUCCACUGUGUUUUUCUUUAAGACCCAUCGUGAGUGUAUGGUGGGUGCUAUACCAGACUUUGUGAACGAGAAGAUGCCGGCAAAGUAUGAUAAUAUCAUGGCCCUGGAGUUUCAUAAUCGCAUGACAGAGGUCUUAGUCGGCAAUGCCGCUACCGCUACCGCGUGA